AUGGCCGAUACGGUGGCUAGUCCGUUCUGGAUUAUUCCUCAUCGGACGUCGGAGUCCGGCUGGCUGGAGGUGGAAGAAGGCGAGAGGCCAGCAGCAAGACGGAGGCGACGAUGCAGCCAAGAUUCGGGCACCUCUCUCCUCCUCCUCCUGCUCCUCGCAGCUUCGCCUUGUUCCCCGCUGGAGCAAGAACACAACGCCGCCGGCGCCACCCUCCGCGAGAGCUUCCUCCUCUGCGUCGCCCGCGUCUCCCCGGCCACCGCCGACCCGUCCCGGAUCGUCCACGCGCCGUCGGAGCCCUCCUACCCUUCCCUGCUCAACGCCACCAUCCAGAACCUCCGCUUCGCCUCGGCGCGGACGCCGCGCCCGGCGCUGCUCCUCACGCCGGCCACCGUCGCCGAGGCGCGGGCCUGUGUCGCCUGCUGCCGCCGCCACGGGCUCACGGUCCGCGCCCGCAGCGGCGGGCACUACUACGAGGGCCUCUCCUACCGCUCGGUCCCGCCCCGCGCCGCCGCCACCGGGGCCCGCCGCCCCUUCGCCGUCGUCGACGUCGCCGCGCUCCGCGACGUGCGCGUGGACGCGGCGCGGCGCGAGGCGCGGGUCGGCCCCGGCGCCACGCUCGGGGAGCUCUACUACGCCGCGGCGCGCGAGAGCGGCGGGGCGCUCGGGUUCCCCGCCGGGAUCUGCCCCACGGUCUGCGUCGGCGGACACCUCAGCGGCGGCGGGUUCGGGCCCAUGAUGCGGAGGCACGGCCUCGCCGCCGACAACGUGGUGGGCGCCGAGGUGGUGGACGCGGAGGGGAGGCUCCUGGACCGGGCCGCCAUGGGCGAGGGCCUCUUCUGGGCGCUCCGCGGCGGCGGCGGCGGCAGCUUCGGCGUCGUGGUCUCGUGGACGGUGCGGCUGGUGCCCGUGCCGCGCGUCGUGUCCGCCUUCACCGUCCGCCGCCGCCUCGUGGACCGGCGGCGGACCCAGUCGGCCCUCCGCCUCCUGGCCAAAUGGCAGCGCGUGGCGCACGCGCUCCCAGACGACCUGUUCGUGAAGGUCGCCAUGGAGCCCGAGCUCGACGCCGCCGGCGAGAGGCACCCGCUAGUGGUCUUCAAGUCGCUGUUCCUCAACAACUGCAACGGCAUGGUCGCCGCGAUGAGCGCCCACCUGCCGGAGCUCGGCGUGACACCCGGCGACUGCCGAGACAUGAGCUGGAUCCGAUCCAUGCUCUACUUCUACGGCUACACCGACGGCGAGCCCGCCGCCGAGGUGCUGCUCGACCGGAGCCUGCAGCCCAAGCAGUACUACAAGGUCAAGCUGGACUACCUGACCUCCCCGAUGCCGGCCGCCGGGCUGGCGGAGCUCCUCGACCGGAUCGUCGAGGACGGCGGCGGGUCCAUCGACAUCGACCCGCAGGGCGGCGCGAUGGGCGCGACGCCGGAGUCGGCGACGCCGUACGCGCACCGGCGAGGGUACCUGUACAACGUGCAGUACUUCGUCAAGUGGGGCGGCGGCGCGGAGGAGGAGGAGGGGCGGCACCUGGGGUGGGUGCGAGGGGUGCACGGGUUCAUGGCGGCGUACGCGAGCUCGGGGCCCCGGGCGGCGUACGUCAACUUCCGGGAACUGGACCUGGGGCAGAACGUGGAGGGGGAGACGAGCUACGAGGCGGCCAGGGGGUGGGGGGAGAUGUACUUCAGGGGAAACUUCAGGAGGCUGGCCAUGGUGAAGGCCGAGGUCGACCCCGAGCAGGUGUUCUGGAGCGAGCAGAGCAUCCCUCCCCUGGUGGCGGCAGAUGUUGGAGGGGAGAGGCAGAGUGAGUGAGUGAGAGAGAGUACUGGAUUAUAUUUGAAAUGAUAUUUAUUUGACAGCUACUUAAAAAAUCAAACGAUAUCUUACUUUACAUGGAUGGAGCUUCUGUUCUUGCAUACCAAGUCCUAGUAACUGCGAAGGUUGUGUAGUGUAUUUAUACGACAUGAAUACAUGAUGCAGUAUCAAUCA